AUGGCUAUCACCUCACGAAUUGAUCUCAAGACAUUCUUACGUGCGAUGCCAACGCAUCAUACGAAUUCGACUAGCGAGUCAACUCUGGCCGAACCUCGUCCAGGGCCAGAUGUCGAGAAAGAUGAUCAUACUUCACCACCCUCGGCCACAGAGGUUGCCACCAAUGAGCCUCCGGAUGGAGGGCGUGAUGCUUGGUUGGUCACCUUUGGCAGCUGGUGGGCUCUCUUCAUAGCCUUCGGCUGGACAAACUCCCUUGGUGUGUUUCAGAAUUAUUACGAGAAAGAACUACUGCGCGCUUACUCUGCAUCCACAAUUGCUUGGAUCGCAUCCACUCAAAUAUUCAUGAUGUAUGGUGGGGGCAUUGUCUUGGGCAAGGUGUUCGACCACUACGGACCUCGGUGGCUGUUGCUUGUCGGUGGAUUCGCUCAUGUGUUCGGCCUAAUUAUGACCUCUAUCUCCAAGGAGUAUUAUCAGAUAUUCCUGUCCCAGGCAAUUUGCAGUGCUAUAGGUGCUAGUGCCAUCUACUACGCCUGCUUGGGCUCACUUGCUAGCUGGUUUCGGGCGAAACGCGCAACUGCUUUUGGAAUUGCCGCCUCUGGUGCCUCUAUCGGCGGUGUCAUAUUUCCUGUAAUGGUUGACCGUCUCAUCGACCAGGUUGGCUUCGGUUGGACUAUGCGCGCGGUUGCCUUCCUCAUCCUUGGGGGUCUGGUCAUAGUCAAUCUUACUGUGAAAUCGCGGUUGGUUCACGAACCAAAGCCAGUUCAUAUUCGACAAUACAUCAAGCCUUUUACGGAGAUCCCAUUUUUGCUUCUGGUCAUCUCGCUGUCGCUCUUUUCGUUUGGAUUGUUCCUACCAUUCAACUUUAUUACUGCCCAAGCACAGACCCUUGGCAUGUCUCCCAAUUUGGCGAAUUAUCUCGUCGCGAUUCUCAACGCAACCAGUGUCUUUGGUCGUAUUAUCCCCGGCCUGAUUGCUGACCGGGUCGGUCGCUUCAAUGUCAUGUCAGUGGCAACCCUGGUUUCGGGCAUCCUAACCUUCGCGCUAUGGCUCACUGGCCGCUCGAACGUCGCAAUUAUUCUAUACGCCGCAUUCUUUGGUUUCUUUUCUGGCGCUUAUGUCUCUUUGACACCAGCUCUUAUUGCCCAGUUGUCUCCUAUCCAAGAGAUCGGUAUUCGUACAGGAGCUCUAUACUUUUUUGUGUCAAUCGCUGUGCUUACGGGAAGUCCAAUUGCCGGGGCCUUGGUUUCUGUUGACAAAGGUAAAUAUGGCUAUUUGGAGAUUUUUGCCGGGGCCACAAUGUGUGCUGGUGCCGCCUUGGUCGUGUUGACUCGUGUCGUGAAAGGCGGAUUCAAGUGGGCUGUCUUGUAA